GCCCAUCUCGCUGAGUACCUUAUCCGCCGCAAGCGAUGGAACCAGAACGCUCUGAUCUGAACUGGUAGGAUAGCUCGAGAUCGACGCCCCCACGAUAAAAUCGCACAAUUUUAAUGGCAUGCACUAAUACUGACCGCAUCAUUGGUGGUCCGUGCGCCGCGCCAUCAUCCACUGAUCCAUCAAUCACACGACACGACGAAAUCGGCGCAUCGGCAUCUGAAUCGGACUCGGAAUCGUCGCAUCGAAGGUUAUCUUCCGCAUACGGAAACCCCGCUGCGAUGUACGGGAUGAAUUCUGUCACAGGACAAGCUUUUCGUAGGCUUCGCUCACGCUUGUGACGAAGAGGUGCUCAUUCAUCCAAGCUUGGCUUUCCUUGAGCCUUUUUCGGGUGUCCCUGCACAUGAUUCACGUCUCAUCCUUUUGCGUCCAGCCUCCACCUUCUUUUCGCUCCGUGAGCCCGUAAGACGAGCUUAAUAUUAUGAAUCGUUCGUAAGCUCCUUGCUUCCUCCAAACCCUCCCCUCAUCUUCGUUCCUUCGUUCGUUCUUUCGCUUCUGCCAUAACUCAC